CCUGCGAGCAUCCUGUCUGGGGGAGGGGACGAGCUAGCCGCCAGGGCAGCCCCAAGAGCGUAAGCCGCCCGCCCGUGCAGCAGCCGCUGCGCCCUGGGCUGGGCGCCCCGGGAUCCCCGCCGGCGCCAUGGACCGUAGCCGGGUGCUGGAGCAGCUAAUUCCAGAGCUCACUGGGCUCCUCAGCCUCCUGGACCAUGAGUACCUCAGUGACAGCACCCUGGAGAAGAAGAUGGCUGUGGCCUCCAUCCUGCAGAGCCUGCAGCCCCUCCCAGCUAAGGAGGUCUCCUUCCUGUAUGUGAACACUGCAGACCUGCACUCAGGGCCCAGCUUCGUGGAAUCCCUCUUUGAAGAAUUUGACUGUGAUUUGGGUGACCUUCGGGAUAUGUCGGAUGAUGGGGAACAACCCAGCAAAGGAGCCAGCCCUGAGCCAACCAAGAGCCCAUCUCUGAGAAGUACAGCUGAUAUGCCUCCACCCCUGCCCAACAAGCCCCCACCUGAGGACUACUAUGAAGAAGCCCUUCCCCUGGGGCCUGGCAAGUCCCCCGAGUACAUCAGCUCCCAUAAUGGCUGCAGCCCUGCCCAGUCGAUUGUAGAUGGCUACUAUGAGGACGCAGACAGCAGCUACCCCACCACGAGGAUGAAUGGAGAGCUGAAGAACUCCUACAAUGACUCCGAUGCCAUGAGUAGUUCUUAUGAGUCCUACGAUGAAGAAGAGGAGGAAGAGAAGGGGCGGCGGCCCAGGCACCAGUGGCCCUCUGAGGAAGCCUCCAUGCACCUGGUUAGGGACUGCAGGAUAUGUGCUUUCCUGCUUCGGAAAAAGCGCUUUGGGCAAUGGGCCAAGCAGCUGACAGUCAUCAAGGAGGAGCAGCUACUGUGUUACAAAAGCUCCAAGGACCGGCAACCACAUCUGAGGCUGGCGCUAGAUGUCUGCACCGUCGUGUAUGUGCCCAAGGACAGCCGGCACAAGCGGCAUGAGCUGCGCUUCUCCCAGGGAACCACGGAGGUGCUGGUCCUAGCUCUGCAGAGCAGAGAACAGGCUGAGGAGUGGCUGAAGGUUAUCCGGGAGGUCAGCCGGCCAUGUGGGGGAGCCGAGGGCUUAGAGGCUCCCAGGUCCCCAGUCUUCCUGUGCAAGCUGGAUCAGGACAAGAGAUUGUCCCAAGAGAAACAGAAUUCAGACUCUGACAGCCUGGGUAUGAAUGACAGCAGCUCCACCCUCAGCCGCCGAGAAGCCUGUGAACAUGGCAAAGGGAAGAAGAAUAGCCUCGCUGAGCUAAAGGGCUCCAUGAGCAGGGCUGCAGGCCGAAAGAUCACGCGCAUCAUCAGUUUCUCCAAGAAGAAGGCGCUGGCUGAGGACCUGCAGACAUUCUCCAGUGAGAAUGAGGUUCCGUGCUGUGGGUACCUAAAUGUGUUGGUUAACCAAGGCUGGAAGGAACGAUGGUGCCGCCUCAAGUGCAACACUCUCUAUUUCCACAAAGACCGCACCGACCUACAUACCCACGUGAAUGCCAUUGCCCUCGGGGGCUGUGAGGUAGCCCCAGGCUUUGGACCCAGGCACCCAUUUGCCUUCAGGAUCCUACGCAACAGGCAGGAGGUGGCCAUCCUGGAGGCAAGCUGUUCAGAGGACAUGGGCCGCUGGCUUGGGCUGCUGCUGGUAGAGAUGGGCUCCAAAGUUACCCCAGAGGCGCUGCACUAUGACUACGUAGAUGUGGAGACCUUAACCAGUAUUGUCAGUGCUGGACGCAACUCCUUUCUGUAUGCACAAUCCUGCCAGGAUCAGUGGCCUGAGCCCCGUGUCUACGAUGAAGUUCCCUAUGAAAAGGUGCAGGAUGAGGAGCCCCAGCGCCCCAUGGGGGCUCAAGUGAAGCGCCAUGCCUCCUCCUGCAGUGAGAAGUCCCAUCGUGUGGACCCACAGGUCAAAGUCAAACGCCAUGCCUCCAGUGCCAAUCAAUACAAGUAUGGCAAGAACCGGGCUGAGGAGGAUGCCCGAAGGUACCUGGUAGAAAAAGAGAGGCUGGAAAAAGAGAAGGAGAUGAUUCGGACAGAACUGAUGGCUUUGCGACAGGAGAAGAAGGAGCUGAAGGAAGCCAUCCGGAGCAACCCAGGAGCGAAGUCGAAGGCCUUGGAGGAAGCUGUGGUUGCUCUAGAAGCACAGUGCCGUGCCAAGGAAGAGCAGAGAAUCGACCUGGAGCUGAAGCUGGUGGCUGUGAAGGAACGCUUGCAACAGUCCCUGGCAGGGGGGCCCGCCCUGGGCCUGUCUGUGAGCAGCAAAAACAAGAGUCAGGAAACUACAAACAAGCCCCAAAGCAAUAUCCCAGAGCAAUCUCUCCCUGUCAACUGUGUCUCUGAGCUGAGGAAGAGGAGUCCAUCCAUUGUAACCUCCAAUCAAGGAAGGGUGCUACAGAAGGCCAAGGAAUGGGAAAUGAAGAAGACCUAGGAAGGGUGAGAAUUCCAUCCUGAAGGGGUAUCGGCUUGUCCAUCUAAGGAGGAAAUGCUUUCUUCACAAGAUGUCAGGAAAAGACUGGAGCACCCAAAAGACCAGCUUGAUUGUCUGCAUGAUUCUAGGGAUUGUGGGAAGGGAGAAGUGGAAAGCAUCCUCCUGGCUUUACAAAGGAUGGAGGUGGGAGUGGCAGGAGAUAGAAUUGUGCACCUGUAAAUGUUUCGUUAGGUAUCUCUACCUCCUGAAUCAAUGAAAGCACACAUGAACAAGCCAUUCCACCUUUUCUCAGCAUCCAGUCCAGUCCUCGAGGCAAAGGAAGCCAGUGUUGAAGUACUGGUAGUGAGUGUCAUGAUGAAGGAAGAUGCUCCAUCACCUGAGAACACUUGGGCAGACUGCGUUCCUAUUGGGCAUUACAGGCCACCUCUGGGUGAGGGUAAUGGACUGGAAAAUCAAUAUGUCCCUGCCUGCACAACAGUGAACAAAAGCUAUUGAGAACAUAAAAAUGCCACAGUCAUUCUUCAUGUUUCAGUGCCUGGCAAAGUACAGCCACUGGAACCUUCCAGGUUUGAACAUUUUAAAAUCAGGUUACCUCAGUAUGCACAGGGCAAAGAGAGUUGAUCAGCUGGCCCAUUUUAAACUUACAGUGGCAGAAGUAUGAAUGCCCACACACUGUUGCAUGCAUUGGAGGGUAGAGUCGUUUGCUGUCAGUCAAGUGCUUACCUAUUUAAGGUGACACUGAGACUCCUGGGGCUGUGGUUGGAGGACUAAGAUUUUAGCCUAAUGAAGUCUUCAUCUUGUACUAGGAGGCCUGUAAGCCUGUCUCCCUGUGUGCUAUGAAGUAACACUAUUGAGAAAAGCCAACAGGAUGGUGGCUCAUUUCUGCCAUGAGGGUGCUAAGCCUUUUCCAAACACUUGAUAUUUUUAUAGGACCUCAAGUCCUAGGCAACCUCUUUUCUAUACCAUUCAUGACUGUCUCAACACUGGGCUUUUAGGUCGAUUUUUAACAUAUUCAUCUCCAAUAAAGAUGAAACUGUUCAACUCUGA